AUGGCGUAUCAAUCUCCGCGACAUUCACAAGGCUUCUAUCAAUACGACGCAUCAACGCCUCCGCCGCCUCCGCCGAAGCCAAGCGGAACUUCAACACCAGCAACAGGCCCACCAUUGCCCCCACCACCACAGUCUUACAGUGACCAGCAGCAACAACAGCAAAACUCCGCGUACAAUGCCUCUGAACCAGAUCGGCUAGCCGUCCAGCCACCAGAAGACGGAUGGCUUCCCGUAGUGUUACGAGACAAAACAACUAAAGACCUCCAUCACGUGCUCCAAACACCAGGCCUGCAAAACGCAAUCAUACAUAGCCCCGAAACAGCACAUCCUUCAUUAGCAGCAUCAACAGCCCCUCUCCAAGCCUUACUAGCCCAAAAUGUCUCCCUAGCUGAAUCCCUGAAACAGCUGGAAUCGCACGUCCAACAUCAACGCGAUAGUACCCAAUCACGCUUACUCGCUCUGCGCGCCCUCGAGCGCCAGUGGCGCGACAAGCAAACGGAGCAAGAUGAGGCGUUGAAAGAAUUUAGUCCACCUGCGCUGUAUCAGCGCCUGAGCGCCGCGGUCGGCGAGCAAGAGGCGCUGUGUCGCGGGCUGGAGGAGAGCUUUCUCGAGGGCGAGGAAACGGGUGGAGGAGAUGCCGUUGCGAGUGAGCGCGAGGUAGCGGAGUUUGUGAGGAGGUUGAGAGAGGGCAGGAAAGUGGCGUAUCUGCGGGCAGAGAGGAAGGAGAGGUGGGACGAGGGGAGGGUAGGUGGGUGGAGGUGAAGUAGACGAUUAUCUUCUUUCACGUCGCCGGAGAUUCCUACUUGUAAUCUCACUAUGAGGCCAUUCCUUCAACGAAUCCAGUACACCCUGAGUACGUGCUGGCGACAACCCCA